AUGGCGGCCUCUACCAUUUCGCAUGGUGUCAAGACGCUCGGUGUCGUCGGGGCAGGUCAGAUGGGACUUGGCAUCGCGUACGUUGCAGCCUUACGUGCCCAGAUCCCCUCCGUGCUGCUGUGCGAUGCAUCGCCCGCUGCACUCGAAAAGGGCGUCAGCUUCUUCGAAACGCUGCUCAAAAAGGAUGUCAGCAAGGGAAAGAUCCAACAGGCUGAUGCUGACGCUGCACGAUCACGACUCAUCACGGUGGGGAACCUCGAAGAUUUUGCUACCAAAGGAGGCAAGGGGGCGGAGGCGGCGGAUAUGGUGAUCGAGGCGGCUACGGAGAACUUGGCGAUCAAGCAAAAGAUCUUUGGGACGUUGGCAUCGACCUUGCCGCUGGAGACGAUCUUGGCGACCAACACGAGCAGUAUCAGUGUGAGCAAGAUCGCAGCUAGUGCGGUGGGUGCAGGUGUCAAGGCUGGGUCCGAGGAGGCUUGGAAGAGUCCUGCACGGGCGUUGGGGAUCCACUUCUUCAACCCGGUCCCCGUCAUGCCUCUCGUCGAACUCAUCCCUGCCAUCCAAACCAGUCCCGAAGUCGUCGCCCGUUCCCGCGCGUUCGCACAAGCAUGCGGUAAAGAAGUCACCACCUCCAAAGACGUUCCCGGUUUCGUCUCCAACCGUCUCCUCAUGCCCUUCAUCAACGAAGCCGUCAUGGCCCUCGAAAAAGGCAUCGCUUCCAAAGAGGAUAUCGACAAGACUCUGCGCUUGGGAAUGAACCAUCCCAUGGGACCUCUGACGCUCGCAGACUUUAUCGGCCUCGACACGUGCCUCAGCAUCAUGGAGACGCUCUACAGGGAGACGGCGGAUAGCAAGUACAGACCAGCUGUGCUGCUCGGAAGGAUGGUCGAUGCUGGUUGGUUCGGCAAGAAGAGCGGAAAGGUCAAACCUCGACGGCAAGCCAUCCUCACAUCGAAAAUUGCAUUUGUAAAAUGUCCAUUCAAUCGUGCAAAACCUGACGAUGACAACCUGAGCCAACCAAAAGCGACCGAACGACAGAAAAGGAAACAAGCCGUCAGCAUCUUUUUCGCAACACUGACACCAACAGCCUAA